AUGAGCACUUCAUUGCAGAAAUCGCGAAAACGAAGCAGCUUCACUAGCCUCAAAGCCAUACUUAGAAGAAGUCCAGAUAAUCAAGGUAAGGUUGUUGUCAAGAAGCCACCAGCACAGAAGAAAACUGUUUUCUGGCGCCCAUGGGAAAAACGGUGUGCAAAGGAUGCCUCGAAUAGCCGAAAAAGGCCCCAAGCACUCUACAAUACAGAUAUUUCUAUUGCUGUUGCUGUUGUGAUAUGUUUCAGCCUGGCAGUGCUGCUGUUAAUUGUGAAAGAGAUAGGAUUGACUGCCCGCCAUUGCGUCAAAUGGGACCUGUGGACCGUACUUGCUACUGGGCAGCGCAAUUCUGUAGUAGGAGUCAUUCAAAGAAUGACACACAAGCUCUGGGAAGAGAGACAUGCAUUUUUUUAG